AUAUUUAUUUAAUUGAUUAGAUAGAGAAUCCAAAAAAAUUGGCUAAUGCGUAAUUAGUGAGAAAAUCAUGGACUAUUCUCUAAUUGACUACUAUUUGGCUUCCCGUUUCUCACGCCCUCCCCGUCCCUCGUUUCUGUGUCUCUCGUUUUCUCCUCCGCCUUCGUUUUCUUCUGGUUUCGUUGUUUUUGAGGAAGCUAAGCGAGGCAAAUCAAGGAAAAUAUUUUCAGAAAUAAUGGCUCUGAAACUCAAUCCCCUUACCUUCACAUCUCACAGGCUCUCAUCGGGUGCUCUUCCUCAACCCCGGAACCUCAGAUCUCAUAGAGCUUCCAUGGCUUCCACCAUUCACCCCACAACGAAAGAGGUUGAGGUUCUGAAGAAGCCCUAUACCCCUCCACGUGAGGUUCAUGUUCAAGUAACCCAUUCCAUGCCACCACAAAAGAUAGAAAUUUUCAAAUCCAUGGAGGAUUGGGCUGAGAAGAACAUUUUGGUGCACCUAAAGCCAGUAGAGAAAUGCUGGCAGCCAAAUGAUUUUCUUCCAGAUCCCGCAUCAGAAGGAUUCUAUGAUCAAGUUAAGGAGCUGAGAGAGAGAGCUAGGGAAAUUCCUGAUGACUAUUUUGUUGUGUUGGUUGGAGAUAUGAUCACAGAGGAAGCACUUCCAACUUACCAGACAAUGCUGAAUACCCUAGAUGGGGUUCGAGAUGAGACGGGUGCAAGCCUUACUUCUUGGGCAAUAUGGACAAGGGCAUGGACUGCUGAAGAGAAUAGGCAUGGGGACCUCCUCAACAAGUAUCUUUAUCUUUGUGGACGAGUUGACAUGAAGCAAAUUGAGAAGACAAUUCAAUAUUUGAUAGGAUCUGGAAUGGAUCCAAAAACUGAAAACAGCCCCUACCUUGGUUUCAUCUACACUUCAUUUCAAGAGAGGGCAACAUUUGUUUCUCAUGGGAACACAGCCAGGCUUGCCAAGGAGCAUGGGGAUGUGAAACUGGCACAGAUAUGUGGAACUAUUGCCGCAGACGAGAAGCGCCACGAAACUGCCUAUACUAAGAUAGUGGAGAAGCUCCUUGAGAUUGAUCCAAAUGGUACCGUCUUGGCUUUUUCUGACAUGAUGAAGAAGAAAAUCUCAAUGCCAGCGCAUUUGAUGUAUGAUGGCUUGGAUGACAACCUUUUUGAACACUUCUCAUCUGUUGCCCAGCGGCUUGGAGUGUACACAGCGAAGGAUUAUGCUGAUAUUUUAGAAUUCCUGGUUGGAAGAUGGAACAUAGAGAAAUUGACUGGCCUUUCUGGUGAGGGGAAUAAAGCACAAGAUUUUGUCUGUGGAUUGCCCUCGAGAAUUAGAAGGUUGGAGGAGAGAGCUCAAGGACGGGCAAAACAAGCAACGACUGUUCCCUUCAGCUGGAUUUUUGGUAGAGAAAUGAUGGUUUGAGUGCAUCACGGCAAGAUGGUUAGUAACUCUCUCCCAGCCAAGCUCUUCUCAAGCCAAAUAUAUCCUAUUUUAUAUCUUUCCUUUUUUGUUUUUCUUUUCGGUUGCCAGUGUUUUGUGUUGGGAGAUAGAGCAGGACUGUUGUAUUGCAAAUGCAUGCAGACAUACAACUGCUAGUUGGCUCCCGUAGAGGAAAGGACAACUACACUGUACUUUGGUGUGUGUGCCUUUUUCCCACUUUUUCUUUUUCUAUAGAAGAGAGGGUAAAACAAGAAAAGAAGAAAAAUGAAGCCUAGAAAAGCUCAGAGAGCGUAUUGUUUAAGUUUUAGUUUUGUCAAUGUAAUGAAUGUUGUAUGUAAACCCGUUUCUUCUGAGUGUAAGCUUAUAGUCGUUAUAUACUGAAAUCGAGACCAUAAGGGCAUGUAGGUAAUGCCUGCUGCGGCUCUCAAUUUCACCAUCAUCUUAUAUUUACCCUAUUGAUUGGAUUGAGUUUCUUAAA